UCCUCUCCACAUCCCCCUCUCGUCAAACCCUCAUCUCCCUGCUGUCUAAUCUCCAUCCUCCUACCGUCAUCUCCCCAUCCCCUUCUUGUUCUCUCCUCAUCCCCCUCUCGCUAUCUCCCAAUCCUCCUUCCCAUCCUCUCCCCAUCGGGGCGUUUUAUCCCCCCCCAGUUCUCUCCCCAUCCCCCUCUCUUCCUCUCCCCAUUCCCCUCUCGUCCUCUCUCCUUCCACCUCUCGUCUUAUCCAAAUCCCCCUCCCGUCCUCGUGCCAACCCCCUCCCGUCUUUUUCCCAUCCGCCUCCCGUACUUUCCCCAUCACCCUCCUGUCCAUACCCCCAUUCAGCCCUCGUUGUCCCCUCAUCCCUCUCCAGCCCUCUUCUUUUCCCCAUCCCCUCCUCUCCCCAUCCCCUCCUCUCCCCAUCAUCUUCUCGUAUUAUAUCCAUCCCCCUCCCCUCCUCUCCCGAUCCCCCUCCCGUCCUCCCAUUAUCCCCCUCUCGCCGUAUCCCCUUCCCCCACAAAUAACCCUCUUUCCCCCUCCCAAUCCACUCUUGUCCUCUCCCUAUCCCCCUCUUGCCCCCCACCGAUCCCUGUCUUACACGCGCCUGUAGUUGAAGCGGACGGAGUGUCGACGCUCGUUGCGACGGUCGGCGGGAGGUGAGUGGAAGGCGGCGUGGGGGGAUGGCACCCACGGUCGUGGCGCCGAUGGACUGGCGGGCAUGCGCUAAUCGGCGCCUUGUUGGAUCGGCGCCUCGGUGGAUCGGCGCCUCGUUGGAUCGGCCGCCGUUUCGUAACGCGCUUGCGCGAGGCGUCUGGCUUGCGCGCAAGCCUGGCGGAGGCGAGCGUCGCGAACUAGCAGCGGGUGAUAGCGGUUGGCGCACUUAUCGGGGGCAUCGUUACUGGGGGCUCCGCGCAACGGGGUAAUGGAAGAUUGCUAGGGGGGAACGCGUGCAGAUGUUCCCUAGGUGCUCAAGAAUCGGCGAGUAGGACUCCAAGGAUUGCGCGUGGGGGGCGGACGCUGAGAAUGUCGAGAGUGCACUCAAGGUCGCGCUUCAAACGGUGUUGUCGCUGCUGCUCGCCUCGUCGUCCGCUCGAGCUUACAAUCGUCAUUCUCCGCCGCUCAACGUGUUGCAAUGGCGGCUUUCGCCUCCCACUCGCGACUCGAUCGUCUCGUGGUGUUUCUGGCCCUGCUUCUUGGCAUGGCAGUCCCCUCAACCACCAAGGCAUGUUAUUCUCAUCUCUGCAGUCCCAUCAACCACCAAGGUAUGUUAUUCUCAUCUCUGCAGUCCCAUCAACCACCAAGAUAUAUUAUUCUCAUCUCUGCAGUCCCAUCAACAACCAAGAUAUGUUAUUCUCAUCUCUGUGGUCCCAUCAACCACCAAGGUAUGUCAUUCUCAUCUCUGCAGUCCCAUCAACCACCAAGGUAUGUCAUUCUCAUCUCUGCAGUCCCAUCAACCACCAAGGCUAAGACAGUGGUGGUGGGAGGGGGGGGGCGUCAACUCAUGGAGCGAGUGGCGCAUGAGGCUGUGGAAGAAGCCAGUGCUGCGAGGUGGCGACACUCUCAUGUUCAAGUGGUGGGGCUCCCCUAAUGACGUUGUAGCUUCAAUCACAAAGAGCCAGUUCGGUACAUGCAACUUCACUGGGUGGAUCAUGCUCCACAGCACCACGUGGGUGGGUCGCUACAAGCUCGUGCUCCCAUCCGGAGCGAACUGGGUUUUUUUUCGCCAGCAGCUUGAAAACAAGGUGCCAUAGGGAUCUCAAAUACGAUACCGGUACCAUCUUGCCAUGAGGAGUUCGGUAUGAGGCGAACAGAUACAGAUUUGCCAUGGCCAGCCGUUCUAGGAGAGUAUCAACUGUUAGUGGUGACAAUGGUUGGCUUGGCAUUGGCACCAUCUGUGCUUGAUGUGUUGGUUGGGGCUGUUUGUGGAUGUAGAAAGCAUGGCAUGCAUUACUUCG